GCUGGCUGCUGCUCCAAAAUUCAAUCAAGCAACACUAUAGACUCUAGUCCAACCACAAACACGCUCUGGAUUGCAUGGCUCACACCGAGGACGAGAUUAACAAGAUUACCCAAUCUGUUGGAAGGGGCUGACAGUGGACAUGCACCCAUCUUGCUGGGAUUUAGCAUAUCGGGUCCCAGUUGUCUUGCCGUGCGGCCCCUUUCCUCGAGCCAGGAAACAAAAUCUAGCUUGAUGUCUCUGCCUUGGCGCGCCCUGCCGAAAAUCAUCCCAGGUUGAACUCACUUGCCAUCAGGAAACCUUCCCGAAUUCCCACAGAGCGCGAGGAUGUUGAUUUUGAAAGCACGCACAUUUCCUUGGACUGUUGUAUGUACGACUAUCGCGCUUCUCUUUUUGCCUUGGAUUCAAUGUGGACGAACUGGAGGAGUUACGAGCUAUCCUUCCCGUUUCAUCGUCACCUUGUCCCCCGAGGUAGUACCAUCCUUGAGUGCCUUCGAGGUACACCUUAGAAAUUUGAACAUAUCUUACAAAAUCCUGGAAGACUAUACUACGCUAGUCCCCGACGUUUUUUACGGAGUAUCAUUAUACUUGGAGCACUCGGAGGAUGUCUCCCUGAUUCAAAACUCUUCGCAUGUGGAGAGACUGAAUAUCGUUAAAGAUGUAUUUCCGUUGCAAACUUUUAAAACUCGGAUUCUGGACCAACCGCUGCUUGCAACACCAGAAACCUAUCCCCCUCAUGUCCAAACCAACAUUACAGAUCUUCAUCGGCUGGGUAUUCUUGGCCAAGGUAUAAAGGUUGCCAUCAUCGAUUCAGGGAUUGACUGUGCCCAUCCAGCCUUGGGAGGCGGCUUUGGCUACGGAAAGCGGAUUUCAUUUGGGAUCGAUUUGGUUGGGGAUCGAUUUAAUGGGACAAACGAUCCCGUCAGGGGUCAUGAUCCAUGUACCAAAUGCGGCCUGCAUGGGACCCACGUGGCUGGAAUCGUUGCCGCACAAGACGUCGGUUAUGGCUUCACAGGAGCGGCCCCAAAAGCAGAAAUUGGAAUGUACCGCAUUUUUGGUUGUGGCCAAGAAAGCCAAACGAGGGAUGACAUCAUUCUUGCAGCUUUACUCAUGGCGUAUAAAGAUGGAGCGGAUGUUAUCAAUCUGUCUCUCGGUGGAUCAGCGGGGUGGGGAGAGGGCGCUGUCUUGUAUGAUGUCAUCAACACUCUUGUCCAGAAAAAAAAUGCGGUGAUCAUAGCUUCUGCUGGCAAUGAAGGAGCGGAAGGGAUGUUCAUGGCAUCGAAUCCUGCGUCGUCGAAAAACGCCAUUUCCGUUGGUUCAGUCGAUGCAACUUCAUCUGUUGUUCACUACUUGCGAAUGUCGACUGGUCAACUUAUUCCUUAUCGUUCAGCAAUCCCUUUUCCAACGGGCAGCUUUCCGGUAUAUUUCACUUCAAACUCAACCCGCAUUCAGGAUGAUGCUUGCAACCCGUUGCCUGAAUCCACGCCAGAUCUAAGCAAAUAUGUGGUGAUAAUUCGCAGGGGAACUUGUUACUUUGAGACCAAAGUUGAGCAAGCGCAGGCCAAGGGGGCAAAAGUCAUCCUUUUCUAUUGGAAUUCUACAAUACCCGUGGGUUUGCCCAACCAGCUUUCAAAUUCAAGUGUGGCGGUCAUUACGGCUGAGGAUGGAAAACAUCUACUCGAAGCAUCACACAAAAAUAACGGCAUUAGAUUGAACUUUACGCAUUCUCCCUCUUUCUAUGCUACCUCACCUAAUGGAGGAUUCAUGAGCAACUUUUCUCAGUUUGGCCCCAGCUACGAUUUUCUGAGUCCACAGCCGGCUCUCUCGGGUGUGGGUGGUGAUGUGGUCUCCACAUACCCUCUUGAUAAAGGUGGCUACGCAGCUUCUAGUGGAACUUCAAUGGCGGCACCGCAGAUUGCCGGCGUCGCGGCACUCAUCCUGAGUGCUAGGGGUAAAAAUCUCAAUGGCCUCUCGAUACGGUCACGUUUAGCAUCCACCGCUCGCGUAGUACGGACGGAUUUUGGAAAGGGAGUGCUCGAAAGCACAGUUCAUCAAGGGGGAGGACUGGUGAAUGCAUUUUGUGCAGUGUUUUCUAACACAUCCGUCUCGACGUCUUCUAUUGCUUUAAAUGAUUCAACCAACAUGAAUCGCAGUCAAACCUUUACCUUAGUGAAUGAAGGCACCCAGCCAGUCACGUACCGAGUUGAACACCUACCUGCCGGUUCAAUCGCUGCCUUUUCUCCAAAAUCACAACACGGCCGCAUAGACUCGAAAAUCCCAACUCCGUCCGCUAACUACGCAAGCGUUGACAUUCAGCCCGACACCUUCACUGUGAUGCCAGGACAGAAACAAGUCAUAAGAACCAAGUUUACUCCACCAAGCGGUUUGAAUCCGGAAGAUCUACACGUGUAUUCAGGUUACAUUUCUCUGGACAGUAAUGUUCCAUGCGAAACCCACACCGUCCCUUAUUAUGGAGUAUUAGGAUCAAUGAAGGAACAAAAGAUAAUUGACCGCGGUCCGAACGUGGAUAUUGACAAGAGCCGUGACUCGAGAUAUCAUUUCCCUCACUUUAUCUUUAGCGAUAACAACAGAAGUUCUGCGGUAGAGAAACCGCUGAUAUGGGACCUCAAGAAACAUAAUCAUACUACUUUCCUUUUCAGGUUCAAUUUCGGAUCACCAUAUAUGAGGUUAGAUCUCGCCCCUCAUAAUGCCGUGCUAUCAAACUCUACCAAUUGUACGAAUUCAGCUUGGAAGUCAAAAUUUCGAGGUAUCGAUUUGUUGGGUUUGAUACCUACUAGUGAUUCCGAAUUGUUUUCUAGGUCCGGUAUGCACGAGGUUCAAGAGCUAGACUGGAAUGCCACCGUCCUUGAGAGCGAAUAUAGCAAACCCAAGCGAAUACCCGGCGGCAAGUAUAAAGUGUUGCUACGCGCCUUGAAAGUAACAGGCGACUUGGAAAAUGAAGGCGACUUCGAUAGGUGGCUAUCGCCCUUGAUCCACUUAACACAUUAAUCAACUAGAAAGAGCAUAUAGUAUACCUCUUCUUUUCAUCAGUUCCACAUGUAAAAAGUGUGUACAUCAGUAAAUGAAUCAUUCCUCAACCUUGACAUUGCGAAGUGGGUAGAUCGUAUGGGACAGCCUCACCCCGGGUGUAACUGCUGCAUCAGGC